CUGUGUGUGUGUUUUGCGCAAGCGCAGUGUGAAACGAGGACAUAACAAGGAAGAAGCUUCAGUGUGUACCAACAACCAAAGUCCUCUGUUUAUCGAGCCUGGCAUGAAUACAUUUCAGUGUAACUGGGGUAAAACCUUAAGCUUCUUCACUGUUUUUGUUGUGGCCCUCGCCGCUGUUUUUCAGUAUCUGGAGAAUUCAGAGACUGUCGAGAUCCCAAGAAUGGAUCUAAACGCAAUGGAAGAGAAUUACCGGCAGAAGAACAGAACAUGCUUCAUUCUCGGUGCUUCUGGCGAGACUGGAAAGGCGCUCCUGAAAGAGAUAGUGGAGCACAACAUCUUUUCCAAGAUCACUCUCAUUGGACGAAGGCAGUUGACCUUUGAGGAUAAAGCCUAUGAAAAUUUGGUGCAAAAGGUGGUUGAUUUUGAGAAGCUGGAGGAGUACGCUGAGGCUUUCCAGGGCCAUGAUGUGGGAUACUGCUGUCUAGGAACAACCAAAGCCAAAGCAGGAGCUGAAGGGUUUGUUCGGGUGGAUCAUGACUACGUACUCAAGUCUGCAGAACUUGCCAAAGCAGGAGGUUGUUCCCAUUUUCACCUAGAGUCCUCUAAAGGUGCAGAUAAAACAAGCAGCUUUCUCUACCUGAAAACUAAGGGUCAGGUUGAAGCAGAAAUUGAAGACCUUGGCUUUGAGCGUUUCUCCAUCUACCGGCCAGCGGUGCUCCUGGUGGACAGACAGGAGAGCAGGCCAGCUGAGUGGAUGGCCCGGAAAUUUCUUGGUGCAUUCUCCUCGGUAUUCCCUACCGCAAUGUCCAUCCCCAUCACAUCCGUCGCUAGAGCUAUUUUUGUCAACACACUUAAAGAUGGAGAGCAGAAAGUGGAAAUUCUUGAAAACAAGGCCAUAUAUGAACUUGGUAGAAUUGGAGACAAAAAAUAACACUUUCAUUUUCACAUUUUUUUAAACCAAGUGCAAUUCUGGCAUGGUGUGAUUCAUCAGCAAGAUAAGCCAAAAUAUUGUUUUAAUGCAGUUUACUUGGAUUGAAUUAUCAUAUUAUGUAUUUUUACUUGUUUGUUCUAAAUAAGGGUUAUAUGUGCUGUUUCUAUGCUUCGCUUUGGAUUUUGGUGCUUUUGUUUGGUAUUUAAUUGUUUAUUGAUCUGGAAAAAAUAAAUUAUAUUCAUACUCGA